CUACAUAUAUUUUAACCCUUUUUAUAAUUUAUUAACUCUCAUUAACUAAUCGUAGACAUUUUAUUUGUGUUUCAUUUACAAUCUAUUAAUAUAAUUUAUUGUCCACGAAUCGACAAAGGUUCCUCGCGCGGUGGAAUUAAGUGUAACGGAAUUUCGUAGGAUUGUUGAUGCCGUGGCCAUUCUUGUUUUGUUAAUUUAUUGCAACAAUUAACCACAAUAUCAGCGAACUACUGCUAAUUAUCAGUAUUGUAAUACUUAUCAAAAAUGGAUCCAAAAACUAAAACAACAGGCAAUAGUGAGAAUAAUUUAGAGUCUAAAGUUUCUGUUCCUCCCCAGAGUCCGAUAAACAAAAACAAAAUGACCGCAGGCGCCACCACCAACAACGCCAGAAAAGAGAAACGACAGUCCAGGUUCAAUAUCAGCAGGAAUCAGGAAUUGGACGCGCUGCCGCCUUUGAGGGAUGCUGGUCCAGAGGACAGAGAAGAACUAUUUGUACAGAAACUGCGACAGUGUUGCGUAUUAUUCGACUUCGCGACCGAUCCUUUAUCGGACUUGAAAUGGAAAGAAAUAAAGAGGACCGCCCUUCAGGAGAUGGUGGAAUAUGUUACGACCCAAAAGGGAGUUAUUACUGACGUUAUCUAUGCAGAGGCUGUAAAUAUGUUUGCCGAAAACCUUUUUCGUACCCUACCCCCAUCAACGAACCCAAACGGAGCCGAAUUCGAUCCCGAAGAAGACGAGCCGACCCUGGAGGCGGCUUGGCCUCAUUUGCAGGUGGUUUACGAAUUGUUCCUGAGGGUUUUGGAGGCGCCCGAUUUUCAACCUAACAUAGCCAAAAGAUACAUAGAUCAGAAGUUCGUUUUACAACUUCUGGAUCUGUUCGAUUCAGAAGAUCCGCGAGAGAGGGACUUAUUGAAGACUACUUUACACAGGAUAUACGGAAAAUUCCUGGGACUUAGAGCUUUUAUUAGAAAACAAAUAAGUAAUGUAUUUUACAGAUUUAUUUACGAAACGGAGCACCACAAUGGUAUUGCGGAACUUUUAGAAAUUUUGGGAUCCAUAAUCAACGGGUUUGCGUUGCCCUUGAAAGAUGAACAUAAGCUAUUCCUACUUAGAGCGUUGAUGCCGCUACACAAGGUCAAAAGCCUAUCCGUGUACCACGCGCAGCUGGCCUACUGCGUGGUACAAUUUCUCGAAAAAGACGCCUCGCUAACCCAACCGGUAAUCAAGAGUCUGUUGAAGUACUGGCCGAAGACGCAUAGUCCCAAAGAAGUCAUGUUCCUCAACGAACUGGAAGAGAUAUUGGACGUCAUAGAACCGGCCGAGUUCCAGAAGGUUAUGAUCCCGCUGUUCGGGCAGCUAGCCAAGUGCGUCAGUUCGCCACAUUUUCAGGUGGCUGAAAGGGCUCUAUACUAUUGGAACAACGAGUACGUGAUGUCGCUGGUAUCAGACAACGUUGGUCACAUUUUGCCCAUUAUGUUUCAUAGUUUGUACAGAAAUUCGAAAACUCAUUGGAACAAGACCAUUCACGGUCUUAUUUACAACGCUCUUAAAUUGUUUAUGGAAAUGGACCAAAAAUUAUUCGACGACUGUACGCAGCAGUAUCGUCAGGAGCGGCAAAAGGAGAAGGAGAGGGAGCAUCAGCGGCAAGAGUUGUGGAACAAAGUAGAAAUUUUAGCAUCGAGUCGUCCCGAAUACGACGGUCCCAGAAAUUUCAACAUGAUGAAUAACAUGAUUACGAGUCCGGAGAACGAUGAAGAAUUUAAUUUAGACAAUUUAAAAAUCGACGAUCCUGAAAGUAAAAAGCAGCGCAACAUGACCAAACCGUUAAUCCGCCGCAAAUCGGAGCUACCUCAAGACCAAUAUACGAUGAGCAGCCUCUCGGAUCACAAAAGGGUCGACGAAUACCUAGCGACGCCUCCGGACGUCAACAAGUGCUAGUCCCAUUUUCGAUGCAACUCGCUAUCACUCGCUAUAGUGAGCUUAGUGCCAACCCGACAAAAUUCGACACUUUAGACACACUUACACAAACAAACACACCCACAUACGACACUUGCGCGUAAGCACGUCGAAAUUUGACCAACGGAAAGGGAAAAACUACGCGCGACAACUGACGUUUGACAGCUGUAUACAAAAGUAUCGUAUAAAAAUCAAUUCCCUUUUUAGUUCUUUUUCAACAAGUAAAUAAACGGUGGAUUAAAUGAAUUGACAGGUUUGAUAGCUGCCGAUGGCGACAUUUGUCCAGUAUGCGUCAUAUUUUAUGUCAAAAAUCGUCUUUUUUUUAAACUGAUGACAAUUUGUAAAUCGCAUUGUUCAUAAAACUUCGAAUUUGCACUGAUGGCUGGCAGUUUAGACAGCUGUGGCGUUGUCACUUAACGGAUACAAAAGCAUCAUACACAAAUCGCUUCAUUUCAUCGUAUCUUUCAACAAUUAAAUAAUCGGCAAAUUAUGACUUUUAAAGUUACAAUUGACAAGUACGAGUCAAUGAUUUCUGACUGUCAUAUUUUACAUUUAACCUCGAAAUGUCUGAUAAUUGACUGUUUAGUUUUCUCUAUAGACUAUUAAAUAAGUCAUCUUUUUAAUGUCUGAUAAAUGACAAUUGACAGGUUAAGAAACUGUUGGUGAUACUUUAUAUCGAACCCUAUUUUUUUGUUUGUUUACUAAACACUUUCACCUUUAAAUAUCUAACCAUUGACAAUUAGUGCAAGUCAUUUUUUAAAUAUUUUAGCGUUUGAACGUUUGACAAGCGAUGGUAGCGAUUUUUGAAUCUCUCGAAUAGUAUUUUAUGUUGGAGAUUAUCUACUUUACACUUGUUUAUAUUUAGACCUUUCAAAAUCUAGUAAAUGACAGUUCACAAGACUGAUAGCUGGAAAUACCUAAUAUUGAAGAAUGAAAGUGUUUUUAACAUCAUGUUUUGAUUUCUCUUUAUAUUAAUGAACAUUUUGACAUAAGCUUGUUCGACAAUGGACAACUAACACUUCUUGAGGUUUGAUAGAUUUUAAAAUCAUAAGUGACACUUAAUAAUGUUAUUCGUGCGUCAGUUGUCAAAUUAAUGUAUUGAAUACGUGACAAAUGACAACGGACAGGUUUAAUAGCGUUGGUAGCGAUUUUUGAAUAUCGUUGGUGGAUAUUUCGCAUUUUCAAUAUCUAACAAGUGAUAUUUGACAAGACUGAUAUCUGGUACUGCCCAAUUUAAAAGAAAGUAAGUCCUUUUUACAUCAUAUUUCGUUUCUCUCUAUAUCGAUGACUAUUUUGACGUUAGCUUGAUCGACAAUGAACAAAUAACAGUUCUUGAGGUUUGAUAGAUCUUAAAACGAUACGCGACACUCAUAAAAAUGAUAUUCGUGCAUCAGAAACGUCAGUUGUCAAAUUGGUGUAGUUUUUAAUUUACUUUAUGCAUUUUUUGGACAAGUGACACUUAUACGAAUGACAUUAAUAUUUUCAAAAGUAGCGUAGCUCAGUGCUACACUUUCGAUGCAAAGGAAAAGACCUAAUAACAGCUUGAGGUUUGCCAGGUCUUAAAACGACAAGUGACAGUUAUAAUAAUGGCAUUCGUGUGUCAGAAACGCCAGUUGCCAAAUUUAUAUAACAAGUGACACAUCAGAAUAAAAUUUGUGCAUCAGAAAUGUCAGUUGUCAAAUUUAUAUAACACGUGACACUUAUAAGAGUAAAAUUUGUGCAUCAGAAUGUAAUUUUUGUAUUUUAAGAACGUUAUGGAUUGAUUGCUGAUAAUAUCUAAUUUUGAAGAACGUAAGUUUUUGUUUACAUUAUUUUUCGUUUCUUCUUUAUAUUGAUGAUUUUUUUAUCUUGUACGGCAAUGCAUAAUUAACAGUUGUUCAGGUUUUGAUAAUCUUAAAAUGACAAGUGACACUUAUAAGAAUGAUAUUCGUGCAUCAGAAACCUCGGUUGUCAAAUUGAUGAACUUUUUAAUUUAUUUUAUGCACUUUUGGAUGACUAGUGACACUUAUGAGAAUGAGAGUGGUACGUCAGAAACGUCAGUUGUCAAAUUGAUGUUUUUAAUUUUAUGCAUUUUUUUGAUGACAAGUGACACUCAUAAGAAAGAUAUUCGUGUGUCUUAAACUUCAGUUGUCAAAUUGAUAUAGUUUUUAUUUUACUAUAUGCAUUUUUUGAAACGUUAAGGGUAAAGCAUUUGUAUUUUUUCUGUUGGUCGAAUUACGAAAAUGUUUCAACGUUUUUUAUUUUCACUACGAAAUGAAAGACGCUGUAUGGUACAAGCUGUACGCUUUUUAACUAUAUAUUUAUUUAUUGUAUUAGUAUUUGUUAUUUUUUUUUUCUCUAAAUAUUAGACGUUACGAUAUUUGUAUUGUAUAUACUUUACAGGACUGCAAAUUAGUUUAUGUUAGAUCUCAUCUGGGUGGCAGUUUUUACAAAAAAAAUAAUCUAAAAUGAUUUUCUUUUAUUUUAUUCUGUAUAUUAAAAGAAUUUUGACUAAAUUAAAACUUGGGUGCUAUAUUUGCAAUAGGAGGCGUUUGAUUUGUAAAAAUUGCUAUCCCUGGUGUAGAUUUUAAAUUUUAUUUUUUUUUAUAGAAAAUGGAUAAUUUGCUGGCUGAUUUUAUAUUUUUAAGGUGUCAUAUAAUAGGUAAUAGCUGUUCAGGAAUAGCAUUUUCCGAAUCCAAGAAGAAAAUUCUAUAAAGAAAAUGCUAAGCUCCCAAAAUAAUCGAUUGUUUUGAAUUAAAAUUGAAAAUAUUCGAUUAAUCGAAAGAUCGAUUAGUUUUGAUUAUAAUCGAUUUUUAUAUAAAACAAAAGUAAUCGAGUAAUCGAUUAUUUUGCUCACCGUCAGUUUUUACAGGGGAUGUACGAUAAAAGUACCUAAAAACGUAAAAAAUUGUUUAAAUAAUUUUUUUAUAAAAAAAUUUCUUCUUGGAUGAAAAUUCCUUAAUUUUUCUAGUUCAUUGUUUAACUUAUACUGGGUGAUUCGAGAAUGUGGUGUACUGAAACAAAUUUUUUUGUACAAGUCUGAUAUUCAACGUUAUAAUAACUGUUUGAUGAACGUAUAAUUAUAUAAUGGGAAUUUUUAAUGAUAAAUAUUGUUAAUUUGAUAAAAAAAAACAAACUUAUAAAAAAAAGUAAACAUUUUUAAACAUUAGUCGUUUUUUUAAUAAAUGUUUUUGGUACCGAUAACAUAUCAAAGCUUUUGAUGUUUUAUUUUGUAUAUCUAUCACCGAUUAUCAUCCAGAUUUGAUUUAUUUUUAGGUUGAAUACUGAAAUUUUCUAAAUUACGAAAUCAAAAUAUCUAAAAAUGAAAGGUUUGAUCCAAAACUGCUACAUAGUACAAUUUAUUUUAAACAAUCAAAACGUUUCGUUGCAAUAAAUUUAUUUUUAAUUUUUUUUGUGCAAAAAUAACAAUCAAUACCAACAAAGAUCUUUAAUGACAGAUACCCCAAAAAUCAUUUAAUCAUAAAUACACGUUGUCCUGGGAGUUGUAGUAAAUAAUUUAUUUAAUUCAGGUAUGGAAAUAUUUUUAGGCACUAUUUUGUUUAAAAUUUCGUACAAUUUCAAUCACUACAGAUUUUUUUACCACUCAAUUAUUGACAACAACUUUUGGGACACCCUGUAUACUUAAUAAAAAACAAUUUUUUAGAUAUAAACCCGCAAUGUAUUCGAAUUAAAUGUAAUUUCGACGUCAUUAACUUGCUAUCAAAAAUAAAUACACAUAUUUAUUAAUAAUUUUUUUUUCUCAAAAAAUAUCAAAAUCUUGACAUUGACAGAUAUACAUUCUGUGAUACUAAACAAAAUGCCACGCAAUUGUCAAAUAAUUAUUAUUACCUACUCAAUUCGUCAUCGUUGUCACGUAAACGGUAGCCAUUUGCACCGUUGACAACUUUGACAGCUGUCACGGUUGUCGAACGUCCGAUUUUGACAAUUCGGACAAAAUCAUAUAGCUAUUUUUGAUAGCGAUUUUACUUGUAAAUAAAAUGAUUUUUAGGCCAAGUGCUUUGAUUGUAUGAAUUUUAAAAAGUAAUAUUGUUAAAAUUUAUAAAGAGAGAUAUGUUGGUCUAUGAAAUAAUAAUAAUAAUAAUAAUAAUAAUAAAAAUUUGCGUACUUGUAAUCCUGAAAUACAUUCAAUAAUUAACGUUUAAGGUGAUGUUUAAGAGAUUUUUUAAACGUCUGAACCAUUAUGUAUAUAUUGAUUAUAGUUGAUAUUAUUGUAGACAGUAUUUUUUUAAUGUACAGCUUUGCUUUAUCAGUGAUACUGAAUAAAUAUAAAUAUUAUAAAUAAGAGUUAUUAAAUAUAUA